AUGGAAGACCUCCUCUCGCGCCACCGCAAAGAACAAAAAGAUUUACAAGCCCGCAUUACCCAGAAGAAAAAGUCCGCAACCAAGAAAACCCGCCGAGGAGUUAACGAUGAAUGCGAGCGGCUCCAACGAGAACUCUCCGAGCGCCAUCAGGCAGAGAUUGCGGAAUUGACCGGCGAGACAAUACAACAUCAAAGCGAACCUCCCGUUGACGACUUGGAGAAUUUAAGUUUAAAUGGCGACAGUGCGACGAAUGGAGAUACCAAGGACUUGGGGAGCACACCUAAUGGCACUGCGGGAGAGUCAACGACACCAAAUUCUGCUUCAGCAUCAGCAUCAAUUUCAUCAGGGUCAUCGUCGCCGAGCGCAACGAGCACAACCACUCGUACCAAAAAGCCCAACCGACAAAAAGCGCGCUUGGCCAGACGCGCCGCAGAACAAGCUGCGGCCGCAGCCGCAGCCUCAGAGGAAGCCUCUCAGCUAACGAACCAUCGCGGGAACGAACAAGAGGCGAUGGACGCGGCCUUCAAGAAACUCAACCUGAAAGAAAUCGAAAUAAACCCAGAUGGCCACUGCCUCUUUUCCGCAGUCGCAACUCAACUAGACGAACUGGGCCUAGGACUGCGCCCUGAUCCCUCACGCAUUGUCAUAGGACCCACAACUCAGACGCGGAUCGAUACAGUCGCAAGUCCCAAACACGACGGGUAUAGGGCCGUGCGCGCGGUGACGGCGGAUUUUAUUGCUGAACACAAAGAUGAAUUCGAACCGUUCAUGGAGGAGCCCCUGGAGUCUUACACGCGGAAGAUUAAGCUCACAGCGGAAUGGGGCGGGCAGUUGGAGCUGCAAGCUAUUGCGCGGGCUUAUGGGGUGGAUAUCAAUGUCGUGCAGGGCGAUGGGAGGAUUGAGAAAAUUGAGGCUGGGGAUGUUGAAGAGGAGGAGCGGGCGAAACGGGUUAUCUGGUUGGCUUAUUAUAGGCAUACGUAUGGACUUGGGGAGCAUUAUAAUGCUUUGACGGCGAAGGCUUAA